AUGUCCUCAAUGUCCAAGGCACCAAAUAACAACAAAGCUGCUCGAGCGAAUGCGGUCAGCCCAGCCACUCCUCCAAGCAGUCCGACCAUGCCGUCUUCAAAUUUAAAGCUGGCUGUCAUACCCUUGAAGCGCGGCGAUACACGCCAAGCUCGCACUGCUAGCUCUAGUGACCGAGAUGAACUACAAAGCAGCCCACCAUCACAAGCGCCAGCCUACCAAGAGAUUGCUCAAGCAUUCACAGAUGCCGUCAAGUAUAUUAUGUCGGAGCCCAAGGAGACCGGGAAAGCUAUCACACCCCAAGCCACGUCCAAUACAGACUCCAAGCCUGUUGUGAGAGGCUCGAAACUAGAGGUAAAGGACGUACAAGAAGUGUGCGUCAUCCUCAUUCACCAACACCGUUCCAGAGAACUGAUCGCGUAUAGCUGGGACCUCGUAGCAUACGCAUACAAGAUUGUGGAAUCACCAGCUGUCACCGAGGUGAAGGAAUUAGACACCUAUGCUUUCGUCAUUCGCACGCGUGCCGGCAACCUAAAAUUUAACACGAGACCAGUUAAGGCAGAGGCCCGAUCCAUCGUUUACGUCGACAUCAAACUACCGGGUUUGCGAGAUAUCCUAAGAGUUAUGCUGAAGGACAUCAAAUGGAUCAGCUUGGCUGACGACAAACCAUCGGAGGUGCAUCGGUUUGAGCAAAACUUGCUCUUCCACUAUCUGCCCGAACUCGAGGAGUAUCGGGCCAGUGCAACCAGGUUUGAAGCACAUGACCCGACAAGUCUUAAAGCCCUCGACUUGUUGAUGUGCACCAUCAAAGACCGAUUAAGGGCUUCCUCAGAACGUCUCGAUCCGCUUCUGCGACAAGGCAAGAUCACGUACGACCUGUUAUGGGCGCUUUUCAAGGCCAACAGCCACGUCGUCGCGACAUGUCCUGGCAGCGGUCAGGUGAGGUGUCUUCAGUACAACACAGGAGACGAGAAGAAAACCGAACAGGGUAUCGAAUACUUCGAGCUCCAAUGUCAAUACCUCGAUUUUGAUGGCAAAGUGUUUGUCACCGUCACCGAGAGGCUGCCUGUUGAGCGGUUUCGUGGAGCUCGAGAGAUAACUACUCUAGACACCUAUCCGAUUCACUUUCAUCCUACACCGAACCAGAUCUUGCAGUCUUUGAUCGGACGAGGCCGAAAAUUCAUCUCUCUGAUAGGGUCGCACCACCGAACAUACGACGGAAUCGCUUUUCGACGGUUAAAGGACGGUCUGGCCCGAAAGUCAGUUCAGUCCAAGAUCAUGAUCGACGCGGACCAAUUUCGGAAGACGAUCCCAGGCUAUGCACGUAUCAUCACCAAGAAAACGGAAGAAGGCCUCUUUUCUGACAUCGUUACGACGCAGCAACGCGUGACGAAAUGGGAGAUGGAUCUAGCCAACCUGCCGGAGGACAAGCUUGUCUUGUGUCCUCCCACGGUACUGGGUUUCAGUCUCAAUGACAAGUUUUGGGGCGAGUACACGAUCGAUCAUGUUCAGAGUAUCGAACCGUCCUCAGCACUCUUUGACCACUUGUCCAUUCCUAUCAGCAUGAAGAACACCAUCGGAUCCCUGACUCGUGGUCAUCUGAGCCCACUGAAGGGUGGGAAAUGUGAGAUUUCACGACUCUUGGGGUUCGCCACCGUGCACACUGACGAUAGUAGUGGACCACCAGGCGUGGGAAAGACUCUCACCGCCGAGGCUCUGUCCGAAUUCCACCGACGACCUCUCUACUCGGUCUCUGCCGGAGAACUCAGUUCGGACGCGGGAGAACUAGAUCCCCAACUCACUAACAUCUUCCGGGUGACGAGCGCGUGGAAUGCCAUUCUCCUGAUCGACGAAGCGGACGUCUUUCUCCAGAGACGUGCUGAGCUGACUCUGGAACGGAACCGACUGGUGGCAGUCUUCCUCCGAAAGUUGGAACACUUCGAUGGCAUUCUGAUCUUGACCACCAAUCUGGUCGAUCAUUUUGACGGUGCCAUCCUCGAUCACUAUCUGGACCGAUUUGUUUGCAUGAAUGUUAAUGGUCGUCAGAUCAAGAACAUCGUGUCCAUCGCCCAUACGCUGUCCCGAGAGGACGAGGAAGAACUGUCCUGUCUCCACAUCGACCACGCCCUGGAAGCCACGGGUCUGCGUUUGCCUCAAAGCGCUGACGAGCCGCUUGACCUGUACGACUGA